UGUGUCGAAGUUUCCCGGAUGGAGUUCCUCCGCCAUAUUUAGAGCAGGGUCGCCGGUUGAGUACGAACAUUUGAGCUACCGCUUUAACACAAACACAUUCUCUAAAACAUUAUAUUUAUUUACUCUAUCGCACCUUCUGCAUCCAUCGGAACCAACGGACAUCACCGCCUACCUUUACCCGCUCCACACCUCCCGAUCCCCGGCUAACCAUGGCAGAUCGAGAGCAUUUGGUUUACCAGGCUAAACUAGCCGAACAGGCGGAGAGAUACGACGAAAUGGUAGAGUCGAUGAAGAACGUUGCAGGGAAGGACGAGGAUCUGUCAGUAGAGGAGAGAAACCUGUUGUCGGUGGCGUAUAAGAACGUGAUCGGUGCGAGAAGAGCCUCCUGGAGGAUCAUCAGCAGCAUCGAGCAGAAAGAGGAGAGCAAAGGAGGAGCCGACAAACUCAAGAUGAUCCGAGAAUACAGACAGACGGUUGAGAAUGAGCUGAAAUCUAUUUGUAACGACAUACUGGAUGUACUGGACAAACACCUCAUUCCUGCAGCAAACACCGGAGAAUCCAAAGUUUUCUACUACAAAAUGAAAGGGGACUAUCACAGGUAUCUGGCAGAGUUCGCCACAGGUAACGACCGUAAGGAAGCGGCGGAGAACAGUUUGGUGGCGUAUAAAGCGGCAAGUGACAUCGCCAUGACCGAACUCCCACCCACACAUCCCAUCAGGCUCGGCCUCGCGCUCAACUUCUCCGUCUUCUACUACGAGAUCCUCAAUUCCCCUGACCGCGCGUGCAGGUUGGCGAAGGCAGCGUUUGAUGAUGCGAUAGCGGAGCUGGACACACUGAGUGAGGACAGUUAUAAAGACUCCACACUCAUCAUGCAGCUGCUGCGGGACAACCUGACGCUCUGGACAUCAGACAUCCAGGGGGACGACUUGUGAUGAUGCUUAAAGCUCCUGCGUUUCUCUGGGAGGAACAGAGUAAAACAGCACCACAAGAUGCUGAGGAAGAAAAGCAGUGAGAUUCAGCGUUCCCAUGCUCAACCCUUCUGUCUGUCCGUUUGUUUCUCCUUCAUCUCUGCUCAGGGAGAGUUCAGAUGCUCAGCGCUGUUUCUCCAUCUCUCCAUCUCUCUCUCCUCUGCUUUUCUUUCUUUUAUCCUGUCCUUCUCUCACUUCUCUGACCAUCUACGCUAGUUUGGAGGAAUGUUUAAGAAGUGAUGCGUCUCUUCUGCUCUUUUGUUCGGUUGAAAAUACAGUAAAAAGAUAUUAUCGUUUAUUAUCAUGCUUUCUUAGUGAAUCUAUUAUAGUGUGUGAUUAAAUACUAGAGUAAUGAUGCUAAAAUAGCUUUUUAGUCACAUGAUCCUUCAGAAACUAUUUUAAUACACUGAUUUAUGCACAUUUAUUUAUGAUAGCUCAUAAAAGAAUUAAUAAUGCUGCCUUUUAGCCGCAUUUACACUCCACUGUUCAAGUGACUCAUUUCCGAUUCGUUUCUCUCAUGUGGCACAGAUCGGACAUGGCCCAUGUAAGCAGGUAGAUCGGAUUUUCACCUGUCAAUGCGAGUCGAGCAUCAUUAAAAACCUCAGCGAAUGAAGUCAAGUCUGAUGCUUUCAUUUCAGAACAGACUUCAGCAGAGUCCCAACUCUUAAAUCUCCUACACGUGGACUUAAACAGCUUUCAUAUUGUCAUAUAGUACAGGUAUUUAAGCAUGCUGGAGAGCGCAGUGUCCGCCACGUAACCAAUAUAAACUAAUAUAAAACUAGUGCAUAGCUGCAUCACGUGCAUAAAUCACGCCAAGGACAUUACAUUAGUAUGCCUAAAGGUUUAAAAAGCCAAUAUAUCAAAAGAAGAUGGCCAAUUGAGAACAUUUCUGUCAUAAACUACAGUAAAACAGCACGUCAAAAGCUGCGAGCAGAUUACAUGCAGGAAUAGAGGAAAGAGCACUCUUUAAUUAUCAGCUGUUAGUCAGCGCCUGCUCUUUUUUUUCUCCUGGUCAUUGCGCCUUUGCCGUGUGCUGUGUAAAUGCAGACGAUCGGAUACGAGACACUUUUAAUAGAUGAUGUAAGCAGGUCAGCAAAACAAUCGGAUACAGACACAAAAUCGGAAUUGACCAUCAAAAUCCAUCAAGUUUUAGUUUCACUAACAAUUCACUGACAGAUAGGGAUUAUAGCAUUUGUUUUAUUAUUUGUAAAGACAUUCAUAAUGUUUUUUUGAAUCAGACUUAUCUGAAAUGAACAGUUUUCAACCUUGAUGAUUAUAUUUUUUUAUCUUUAUGUAAAAUAUAGAUUGAUUUCUGAAGGAUCGUGUGACUAAACACUUAAGUGAUUAUGCUGAAAUUGUUUUAAUUACCUAAUGAAUGAAUUAAUCUUUGUAUUACAAAAAUACAGAACAUAAUAAAGUAGACAACCAUGAUUUAAAUCACUUAUUAUAUCCUACAAUAUUGAGUUCUGUUCAAAUAUUGCUAUUUUUACUGCCUUUUUGAUGGAAUGAAUGCCUUGCAGAGCAGAAGAGAUGAUUCACAAAUAUGAUUGAAUUAUUCCAAACCUUUUGACUGAUACUGUAUAUUUUUAGUUGGUUUUAUUUUUUUUAAUCUUAAGGUUUUUUUAUUAUUAUUAUUAUUAACUUUACACUUAGAUCUUUAUAUAUGAUGCCAGUAAGGAGUUUGCAGAAAGGUUUGGCUUUUACUACCUGUUUGCUCCCUGGAGAAUCUGCUUUCUGAUGUCCGUUUUGUUUCUCAGUGUUGAUCUGGUGGUUUGGGUUGAGAUUAGUGAUCGUUAUCAGAGGUUUAUUUGUCUGACAGGAUGGCCGAGAGUAGAAACACACGCCGUAUGUGGCAGAAAUGUCUGUUUUAAAGCCAUGGAUUUCUCCGUCUGUGUUUUAGUGGCUGGCUUAUAACGCUUUUGAGAAAUGAAUGCAACCCUCUUACUCAAAGGCUGCUGCAGAAAUAAUGCUAUCAAGCCAUACAGCUCUCCUGUGUUCGUCUUCGAGAACGACUUUGUGUUUUGAAAACCAAGACGUUUCUCAUUAAAACACAUGCAUUCGU